AUGCGUGGCAUGUUUCAUGGUCAACCUCUGCGAGUUCUGGCCCACUCCGGCCAAAUCCACUCACUGAACCAUGUCUGUCGAGUUGCUGCCACCCGUAACGUGCAUCAAUCACUCCGAAUUCCCGCCAUCAGCACAUCACCAGCCCGUUACCGACCCGUUCUCCAGCCUAGUCACCGAAGAUCGCCCUCAGUUGAAUCUCCCCGCCGGACGAUAUACAUACAGACGCAGUCGACUCCCAAUCCGUCUGCCCUGAAAUUCCUCCCUAACCAUGCUGUCCUACCAGAAGGUUUCCCAUCCACAUUCUUGGAAUAUACCUCUCCUCGAUCGACCCUGGCCGCACCACACCCGUCGCCGCUGGCAGCAAGGUUGCUAGACGUCGACGGUGUUUCGUCUGUCUUCUACGGGCCUGACUUUAUUACGGUCACCAAAGCGGAGGACGUCGGUUGGGCCCACGUCAAGCCCGAAGUUUUCAGUCUCAUCACAGAAGCAAUCACGUCCGGAGAACCAAUUGUAAAUACUGUGGACAAGACAACAGCGGAGGGACAAGAAGGGGCCGGGGAAGACACCCUGGCGGCCAAUGACGAGGACGAUGAAGUCGUGGCCAUGAUCAAAGAAUUAUUAGAAACGCGAAUUCGGCCGGCGAUACAAGAAGAUGGAGGAGAUAUUGAAUACCGCGGAUUUGAGAAUGGCAUGGUGUCAUUGAAGUUGCGUGGUGCCUGUCGAACUUGUGAUUCGAGCACCGUGACAUUGAAGAAUGGGAUUGAGUCCAUGUUGAUGCACUAUAUUGAGGAAGUCAAAGGCGUCAAUCAGGUGCUGGAUGAAGAGGAAGAAAUCGCCAUGAAAGAGUUUGCCAGGUUCGAGGAGAAACUACGACAGCAGAAGGGACCGGAUGCGGCGCCAUCGACCGUGGGCAAAGGUAGUCUAGAUUUUGCGGAAUGA